AGAUGUCUAAGAGAGGACGUGGAGGUUCGUCUGGUGCGAAGUUUCGCAUCUCCCUUGGUCUCCCCGUGGGAGCCGUCAUUAACUGUGCCGACAACACAGGUGCAAAGAAUUUGUACAUAAUCUCUGUGAAAGGCAUCAAGGGUCGCCUGAACAGACUGCCGGCUGCUGGUGUUGGAGACAUGGUGAUGGCCACAGUAAAGAAAGGAAAACCUGAGCUGAGGAAGAAGGUGCAUCCGGCAGUGGUAAUACGGCAGCGGAAGUCGUACCGGAGAAAAGACGGGGUGUUCUUGUAUUUUGAAGACAAUGCGGGGGUGAUAGUAAACAACAAGGGGGAGAUGAAAGGCUCAGCUAUCACAGGCCCCGUGGCGAAAGAGUGUGCAGAUCUGUGGCCCAGGAUUGCUUCCAACGCAGGCAGCAUCGCAUGAACACACCCUCUCUUUGUAAAAUAAAAAAAAGUUGGAACAAA